AUCGCGGGCCACGUGAUCCCGUUUCCAUCGUCGCCAUUUUGAAGCGGCGCUCGCCCAAGAAGGGGAGGCGGAAGGGGGGCUUUUUUCCCCUUUUCUUUUCGCCCUUGUGGGCAGGUGGGCGAGAAGGCAUUGCGGAGAGGUGUGGCCCGUUGGGGCCCUGCAGAUAUUAUGGAAGAGGGAAGCAAUAUUACUGCACUGGUCUCAAACUUUGGAGCACAAGAAGCUGUACUGAUCUCUGAAGCAGUCGUAAGCCCUACUCCAGAAAGUGGUGAAGACCAAAAGAAGUGCAAUCCUGAUCCACUCAUCCAGGUCAUCCAAAAGCUGAGCAAGAUCGUUGAGAGUGAGAAGUCGCAGAAAUGCCUCUUAAUAGGGAAGAAGCGCUUGCAUCCUGAGGCAGCAGUGCUACCAUUUGACUCGCAAAACCUCCCAGAGAUCCCAGCUAAAACGAUUGAACUGCCUGCCCUGGGCACGAUAAAUAUAGAGGAUUAUUACAUGACAGACUGUCCUCCAAGUAGAAGGAAGGUGGUUUGCUACCAGUGCAGCCUUUGUAAAUCACUGUCUCCCACUCUUCAGCUCUUAAAAGAACACCUGAAGCAACAUGGUCAGCAGAAUGAGGUAAUACUCAUGUGUUCGAUAUGCAAUUUUGCCACAAAAAGCCUAGAAGAGUUUGAAGCUCACGUCCGACAUCACCCAGAGAAUGAUGACAAAACCAACUGUCCACCAAAAGAACAGCAAUGCAUAAGUCUCUCUAGUACCACUUUGCAUGGGCCAGUGGAAAACUUUGUCAAAGCAGGCAGUGAUCAGGUGGCACAGCUUCAAUCUACCCAUCUGACUGAAAAGGGGAGACGGAAAUGGUAUACUUACGAGCAAUAUGGCAUGUACCGAUGUUUAAUUUGUAGCUACACUUGUGGUCAGCAAAGAAUGUUGAAAACACAUGCCUGGAAGCAUGCCGGUGAAGUUGAUUGUUCGUAUCCCAUAUUUGAGGAAGAAAACGAGCAAACUGCUCCGCCUGAUUCAACCGUAUCAGGUGUUCCUCAUAACAUUGAUACUGUUGUGCUUUCAUUAGAAAAUAAUGAACUGGGUCUCUGUGGUGACCAGGCCGUUCAACUCCAUAUUUGUAGCCCUGAGCAAGUGACAUACAAAUCUUCGCCAGCAGAAGUGACAUACAAAUCUUUGCCAGUGGAAGAACCUAUAAAAGAGGAGGCAGCCCAAAGUCAGCCAGCUGGUUUUUCACCCACAAGAAAACUGUUAGAGGAGACUAUGUCCGACAUGGAUGUGGAACAAGAGAAUUUGGUCACAGACAGCUUGCUUUCGUCAGCCCAGAAAAUAAUCAGCUGCAGCCCAAACAAGAAAGGUCACGUUAAUGUCAUAGUGGAACGUUUGCCGAGUGCUGAAGAGCCUGUCCUGCAGAAGCCUUACUCGAUGGACACUGACAUGGAGGCAGAGAAAAAAAUAAUCUCGGAGCAGGCGAUACGAUGCGAUAGUGCAGGGGAUGUUUAUCAUGUGGAUAAAAAUUCCGUGGAACUUGAAGAAGUAAUAAUAGGUUGGAGUAGCAGCUCAGAGAAGAAAGAUGGCGACUUAAAUCUUAGUAGAACCAAGGCAGCUGAUGAAAAUGCUCCUCCCACACGAAGAAGAACCAAUUCAGAGUCCCUGAGGCUGCACUCGCUGGCUGCAGAAGCGCUUGUUACAAUGCCUAUCAGAGCAGCGGAGCUAACCCGGUCAAGCCUUAGAGCCUUUGCUGAGGUAAAUUCUUUAGGCCCCGACACUGGGCAAAAGCCAACUGACAGUGGCUGUGGUUCUAAACUGAUAACGUCCCUUAAAACGGAGGAGCUGACGAGCCUCAACCAAACCGACUGCACUUUUGUGGAAAUCCAAAAGGACAAGCCAGAGUUGACUGAAGGCCCCAUUAAAAUGGGCAUUAGCAUGUCUCUGCUGACUGUCAUUGAGAAACUGAAAGAGAGGACAGACCAGAAUGCCUCAGAUGACGACAUUCUGAAGGAGUUGCAAGACAAUGUACAAUGCCAACCCACCGCAGAUGCCAACGGGCUGGGAAACAACCUCGUCGAAUACAUCCCCAACGUGGAUCGCCCCUUUCGGUGCCGCCUGUGCCACUACAGCAGUGGCAACAAAGGUUAUAUCAAGCAGCACUUGCGGGUGCAUCGCCAAAGGCAGCCUUAUCAGUGUCCGAUUUGUGAACACAUUGCGGACAACAGCAAGGAUUUGGAAAGCCACAUGAUCAACCACUGCAAAACACGAAUGUACCAAUGCAAACAGUGUGAAGAGUCCUUCCAUUACAAGAGUCAGCUGCGAAGCCAUGAGAGAGAGCAACACAGCCUUCCAGAUAUAUACUCAACGCCAUCGUCUGACAGACUAGUAACAUGUAGUGAAGUGGAGGAACGAGUUGGGGAUAGGAUUUCAGUCCAGAAACUUUACAGAUGUGACAUUUGCGACUACACCAGCACAACAUAUGUUGGUGUGCGGAAUCAUAGGCGGAUUCACAAUUCGGAUAAGCCAUAUAGGUGCCGAGUGUGUGAAUUCGCCACAACAAAUAUGAACAGCUUGAAAUGCCAUAUGAGGCGCCACCCGCAGGAGCAUCAGGCAGUGCAGCUGAUGGAACAAUUCAAAUGUUCCCUUUGUGGAUAUGUGUGCAGCCAUCCUCCUUCCUUAAAGUCUCAUAUGUGGAAACAUGCAAGUGACCAAAAUUAUAACUAUGAACAAGUGAACAAGGCUAUUAAUGAUGCAAUUUCACAAAGUGGCAGGUUCCCAGGACAGCUACCCGAGAAGCCGAUAACUGAAGCUUCUGAAGACGGUUCAGUCCCUUUGACAAGUAGCUCAGAGGGCCCAUCCCUUUUGGAUGCCGCCAACCAGACUGCAAACAAAACCACAAGUUCUGAAGAAAAUCAAAACCUUGGUUCCAUAACACAUACCUCAUGCAGUUCAGACAAAGCCACUGCCCUGCCCCACCUGGGCACCGAAUACUGCGUUCUGCUCUUCUGCUGCUGCAUUUGUGGAUUUGAAUCCACCAACAAGGAAAACUUGUUGGACCACAUGAAGGAGCACGAAGGUGAAAUCAUCAACAUCAUCCUAAAUAAGGACCACAGUGCAGCUCAGAGCGUAAGCUAGGCCAAGCUGCCUUUUGAGUAAGUGCUGUUUGCCUGCAACAUUACCUGAAAUACUUGCGAAAGAGAGGAACUGUGCGUCAUAACAGUGAAAUUCCCAGUUUUUGCGACGCAUUGACAAGAAACCAGAUAAUUUCACGGCAAGGCUGAACAAUUAAGUACUCCAUUUAGGGAAAAGGUCUGUCAGCUAUGAUCCCCUGCCAAGAGAGCCAUUUUCCGAUGCCUGUUACUAAUCCCAAGCAUAUGAAUAUAAUAGGAAAUUCACACUAAGGUGUUAACUUAAGAGGUUUACCUUCCUGCCUUGAAACUAUUGAAAUGGUGUCAAAUUCACUUCAAGUAAAUAUCCUUUUCCUCCACUUGUCAUGGAGGUUAUAAUGCAACAGUAUACUAAAACUUCCAGGGAGAAAGGGAAAUGGAACAACUUCUUAAGCCUUAUUGUUCCCAGCUUAACUCCUUCUUUCUCAGAAAAGAUUUAUAAUUGCUACCUGAUACAGGUAGCAUAAAAUAAUUUGCAAAAUUGUUUGGCUGGCUGAAUACCCUUUUUAUUUUAUUUUUUGGUCUCAGUAUGACAGGCUGCAGUAAAAGAUGCUAGGAAUGUAUGUCUAAAUAUGUCCUCUUGGGACCCUUAACAGUUCACCAAAACUUUUUCAUAUUAUCUGUAUAUUGAUAUGUAUCCAGACACUUAACUAGUAGUGUUUCAUUUCAGUGUGGUGCUGGAAGUGCCAUAAUGUGGGGGAGGCACAGCAGUAGGAACAAGUGGUUGUGGGUGAACCAGACUUUGAAACAACUCAAAGAAAGGCUUAUCUCUCUAGCAUUUCAAAAUCCAGUUACUGAGUUCCACUGGAAUCGGACUGAAACUCAGUGGAAGUCCCAUUAAAUGAGAAUGUCGUCUUGUGUCCUUGUUAUAAAUUGACCCCUAAAAGUAUUUUAUUCUUUUAGUGUACUUAUCCCCUGUAAGGCGGUCUUUCACACCUUGCUAAAUAUAUUGAGCAUAUUUAUUUGGCUGCAGUCCUUCAUCAGUUCAGCCACUUAACUUCCAUUAACGAGAGUCCAGCAACUUGUGUUCAGGACUGCAGCCUCUGGCGUUAUUUUCCUCAUGACGUUGGCAUCGUACUUGAACUGGGUGGAACCACUCCCAGUUCCCCCUAUGUCACUGCAUUUCCCUGUGCUCUGAUGGUUCACUGCUUACAAGCAGACUGUAUGCAAUUCUGCAUUGUUUUCCAGGAGCAGCAGAACAUAACUUUUUGUCUAUUUAUUAUCUAUUUAUACAUUUUUGUUAACUGCAGUGAGCUAAAAGCUCAGGUUUCAUGGUGCUACUUAAGUUUGGGGUCUUUUUAAAAAUUUUCCUGACUUUUCUAAACUGUGAAAUUGGGCAAAAGGAAAAGAUGUUUUGUGUAUAAUUUUCAAGAAGCUUUAAAUGCUGACUGCAGGAGAACCUCAAGGCAUUUUGUACACAUCCCGAACUAGAAUUUUCCCCAUCUUUAUUUCCUCUGUUGUUAGUUUCUAAGUGAGUACAGCAGAACUUUUUUUUAAGAGUAUUGUCACAUUACCUACAGUUUACAUAAACAUUUAAGAUAUAUGAAAGAUGGAAUUUAGAGUUUGGGUGCUUUUGCAUCGUCCUUGAGGAAUAGAGCUCAUAGUGGGCAAUUGAGGGGGAAUGUUGAAUAUUCAAGGUACUGUAUUUGGGUUUGGGUUUUGUUUUUUCUUUCUAUGAAAUCUUGGUUAGGGUGAACUUCAACUGCAAAACUUAAUGAAAUAUGUUUGGCUACUACUGUUACCUUUUUUAUUCAAUCCUUGCAUCCAUGUUGUAUCCGCAGCAUGGAGUUUCAACAUGCCUGGAAACAGGACAUUAUUGGGCAACUAUUUAUUAUCUGAGAUCCUACAAAGUGUAUUAACAUUCCACCUCCUAUCUUCAAAGAACCUAUUUGCUGCAGUUAGUUUAAAGCUUACUAAAAAUUACCAAAGCAGUUCAUUUUAACUUAACAUUUCAAAACCACAGUGGCUACUUUGCCAUUAACGUUUUAUUUUCUCCAUAAUGGAUCAUGCCUCUUUGUUACACUACAGGAAAAUUGUGAAGCUACGAGCUUAUAAAACUAGUGAUAUCCUUAUUGAAGUUAGCUAUUGAUUUUUUAAAGCAUGUAAAGGUUUUGUUUGUUUUGAUUAGAAUGAAUACAACAUGUGAAGAACAAGUGAAAUGAAUUGGGAAGGCUAGAAAAGAUAUAUGUAUUCUGCUUUUUUUUUUCUUAACCACCAUUUCUACAUGUAAUCUUUUGUUAACUCUUAUUGUUAAAUAGUAAAAGAGUAUUUUCAACAAACAGACUGACCAUAGUUUCAAUAUUCAAAUCUCAUAUUGCCAUUUGCACAGAAAAAUGAGCAUACUUCAUACUGACUGUUUGUUUGGUGUGCAUAUGUUGCUCUCUGUUUGCACACUCAAAUGUACACAACUGACAUGUGGAAGGCUUGAGGCUGAAAUCAGUUUACAGAUCAUGUUACCUGCCUUGGAAAGUGUUGGGGGUGUGGUCUCUUUGGCUGUAGGGAUUUGUCUGUGUGUGUGGGUUUGGAACUGUUUUUUGUUUUUGUUUUUAAGAGCACUUUUCAGACAUAUGGCAUGUCUUCCCUUUCUAUUACAGGAUUUUAGUAAGAUAAAAUGCUCACACACGUAAUGCUAAUUAUAAUAUUUGUUUCAUUUAACUUAUGUAGGAGCAGAUCCAGUGCUCUGAAUUAUGAUUUCAGCCUUUGUUUUAGGUGUUAUGGUUCCAUUAUGAACUAAGUUUCCAUUUUUUACUUCUGGCUGCAAGACCUACAUACGCUUUCUUGGAGUAGAUUGCAUUGAGAUCAGUGGGCUUUAUUCCCAACCAGGUAUGCUGCAGAUUUCACUCUUGCAGUGCAGUGCUCACCCAGGUAAAUGCUUUCAAUAGAUCACCACUGCACGUGCUGCUUAAGCUGGUUUGGGUUAAUUCUAGAUAAUGAUAUAGACUAUAGCGGUUAUGGGAUCACACCUGCCUGUCUUCAAGCCUGCUGAAUAUUUACACAUUAUAAGUAAUGUCUUCAUAGGGUAGGGCCACACUAGGUUGGCCCUCCUGCAGAUGUUGGCCUACAACCCUUGUCAUCCCUGACUUGGCCACUGUGGCUGAGGAUUAUGGGAACUGUAGUCCAAAAACAGCUGGAAGGCCAUAGUUAUGCAGUCCUAGAUAGGGUCCACAUGCAGAAAGUACAGUGAGUGUGGGCCCAAAUUCUGUACUUGUUAACCUGUAUACUUUGAGUCUUGCACAUGCAGAUUCUAUGCAAAUGUUGCAUCCGAUGUAUAGGUACUUCAGUGGGUCUGGUAGUAAGAUGAGCAGGCCUGGUGCUCCACAACCACCACCCCCAGUUAUUGCAUUCUUAAUUGGUUUGAGCCUGGCCUUAGAUUGCAACAUAAGCAACUUAUUUGGAAACCUGCUAAUGGAAUCAAGUAUGGCUUCCCCAAUAGAGGCUGCAGCUCUCUGCAUUCUUCUGAGCUUGAAAGACAGAGUGGAAUUCAGCCAGUUACUGCAUUUUUAAAGCACUUAUUUAAUCAUUUAAAAUAAAAAUGUACAGUUGGUGCUCAAAGUAAUGUUAAAAUAUAUUUAAUAGAAAUUUGCAUUUGAUAUUCAUGGGCAUGGGUACAUAUAUUUUUUUAAGAAAAGGAAUUGUAAUACUGUGGCACUGCUUUUUAUAGCCAAAGUAUAAAACUUUUAGGAAACUGACAUGUAAAAGACUUGCAGGUAUGUCUCUCGCUGUAUCUUACUGAUAGGAUGGCUUUAUUUUAUAAGAUCUUUCCCGCACAUUAAGCUGCAUGCCUUAAGUUCUCUCUAGGAUUGUCUUGUUUGGAACUAUGAAGCAAACUUUGUAGUACUACUUUGACUACCUUCUGAAAUACUGUACAUUGUUAGAAUAAUUUAUUUUGCUUUACAGAAGUUUUGUCAUGUAUUGACUAAUUGUAUUUUGGUAAUAAACUCUUUUUUGUUAAACACA